AUGGGGGUGUAUGAUGGGGGUUUGUGGAUACUGAUGGGUUUUGUGUGGAUACUGAUGGGGUGUUUGUGUGUGGAUACUGAUGGGUGUUGUGUGUGGAUACUGAUGGGUGUUGGUGUGGAUACUGAUGGGGGUUGUGUGUGGAUAACUGAUGGGGGUUUUGUGUGUGGAUACUGAUGGGGGUUGUGUGUGGGAUACUGAUGGGGGUUGUGUGGAUACUGAUGGGGGUUGUGUGGAUACUGAUGGGGGUUGUGUGUGGAUACUGAUGGGGGUUGGUGUGUGGAUACUGAUGGGGGUUGGUGUGGAUACUGAUGGGGGUGGAUACUGGGAUGGGGGGGGUUGUGUUGUGGAUACUGAUGGGGGGUUGUGUGUGGAUACUGAUGGGGGGUUGUGUGGAUACUGAUGGGGGUUGUGUGUGGAUACUGAUGGGGGUUGUGUGGAUACUGAUGGGGGGUGUGUGGAUACUGAUGGGGGUUGUGUGGAUACUGAUGGGGGUUGUGUGUGGAUACUGAUGGGGGGUUGUGUGUGGAUACUGAUGGGUGUUGUGUGUGGAUACUGAUGGGGGUUUAUGUGGAUACUGAUGGGGGUGGUGUGGGAUACUGAUGGGUGUUGUGUGUGGAUACUGAUGGGUUGUGUGUGUGGAUACUGAUGGGUGUUGUGUGUGGAUACUGAUGGGUGUUGUGUGUGGAUAUUGAUGGGGGUUGUGUGUGGAUAUUGAUGGGGGGUUGUGUGUGGAUACUGAUGGGGUUGUGUGUGGAUACUGAUGGGUGUUGUGUGUGGAUACUGAUGGGGGUUGUGUGGAUACUGAAGGGGGUUGUGUGGAUACUGAUGGGGGUUGUGUGGGAUACUGAUGGGGGUUGUGUGGAUACUGAUGGGGGUUGUCUGUCUGUUUCAGUAACACGGUGCUGAGGAAGGACGUGACGGUGAUGAACACAGACUCUCCUCCUAAAGCUGACGCAGGGCUCAAGCCAGGUGAGUUAACGCUGUCUGCGCCGAGGAGGAGGUCUUCCAGCGUACAGACUGGGACCACGUGAGGCUCAGUCGGUAGAGCAUGGCGCUUGCAACGCCAAGGGUUGUGGGUUCGAUUUCUGCUGCGGCCACCUAUACAUAACAUUUAUGCACGCAUGACUAUAACUCGCUUUGGAUAAAAGCGUCCGCUUAAAUGGCUUUUAUUAUGAAAUGUUGUACUAUAUUAGGGUCCGUAUUCACAGUGUCCCAGAGUAGCUGUGAUAAUCCAGGUUUAUUGUUCAAAAUACCCCCCUUUCCAUGUCAUCUUGUUCAUUAUCUAAAAGGCCAAACUGAUUGUAGAUCAGCACUGCGAUGCCUGAGAUGCAUCGGCUGCGUUUACACAGGCGAUCCAAUUCUGAUCUUUUGCCACUAAUUGGUCUUUUGGCCAAUGAGAUCAGAUCUUUUACCAAUAAUUGGGCUGCCUGUGUAAAUUCAGCCUUUGUGAAUACAGGACAGGAUCUUAUGUCUCUUCUGUCAGACCUGGCAGAGACAUCUGGGGGGAAGAAAGAGACAGCUGGGGGGAAGAAAGAGACACAUCUGGGGGGAAGAAAGAGACACAUCUGGGGGGAAGAAAGAGACAUCUGGGGGGAAGAAAGAGACAUCUGGGGGGAAGAAAGAGACAUCUGGGGGGAAGAAAGAGACAUCUGGGGGGAAGAAAGAGACAGCUGGGGGGAAGACUCUCUCUCUCUCUCUCUCUCUCUCUCUCUCUCUCCCCCUCCCUCCCUCCUGCAGUCAGCAUGCCAAUUGCAUGCUCCCUCAAAACUUGAGACAUCUGUGGCAUUGCGUUGUGUGACAAAACUGCACAUUUUAGAGUGGCCUUUUAUUGUCCCCAGCACAAGGUGCACCUGUGUAAUGAUCAUGCUGUUUAAUCAGCUUCUUGAUAUGCCGCACCUGUCAGGUGGAUGGAUUAUCUUGACAAAGGAGAAAUGCUCACUAACAGAGAUGUAAGCAAAUUUGUGCACAACAUUUGAGAGAAAUAAGCUUUUUGUGCGUAUGGAACAUUUCUGGGAUCUUUUAUUUCAGCUCAUGAAACAUGGGACCAACACUUUAUAUGUUGCGUUUAUAUUUUUGUUCAGUGUAUAUGUUUAUCUAUAUAUACAGUUGAAGUCGGAAGUUUACAUACACCUUAGCCAAAUCCAUUUAAACUCAGUUUUUCACAAUUCCUGACAUUUAAUCCUAGUAAAAAUUCCCUGUUUUAGGUCAGUUAGGAUCACCACUUUAUUUUAUGAAAAAUGUAUGCACUCACUAAACUGUAAGUCGCUCUGGAUAAGAGCGUCUGCUAAAUGACUAAAAUGUAAAAUUUUAAGAAUGUGAAAUGUCAGAAUAAUAGAAAAGAGAAUGAUUUAUUUCAGCUUUUAUUUCUUUCAUCACAUUUCCAGUGGGUCAGAAGUUUAUAUACACUCAAUUAGUAUUUGGUAGCAUUGCCUUUAAAUUGCUUAACUUGGGUCAAACGUUUCGGGUUCCCUUCCACAAGCUUCCCACAAUAAGUUGGGUGAAUUUUGGCCCAUUCCUCCUGACAGAGCUGGUGUAACUGAGUCAGGUUUGUAGGCCUCCUUGCUCGCACACGCUUUUUCAGUUCUGCCCAAAAUUUUUAAUAGGAGUGAUGGCCACUCAAAUACCUUGACUCUGUUGUCCUUAAGCCAUUUUGCCACAACUUUGGAAGUAUUCUUGGGGUCAUUGUCCAUUUGGAAGACCCAUUUGCGACCAAGCUUUAACUUCCUGACUGAUGUCUUGAGAUGUUGCUUCAAUAUAUACACAUCAUUUUCCUUCCUCAUGAUGCCAUCUAUUUUGUGAAGUGCACCAGUCCGUCUUGCAGCAAAGCACCCCCACAGCAUGAUGCUGCCACCCCCGUGCUUCACGGUUGGGAUGGUGUUCUUCGGCUUGCAAGCCUUCCCCUUUUUCCUCCAAACAUAACGAUGGUCAUUAUGGAAAAACAGUUCUAUUUUUGUUUCAUCAGACCAGAGGACAUUUCUCCAAAAAGUACGAUCUUUGUCCCCAUGUGCAGUUGCAAACCGUAGUCUGGCUUUUUUAUGGCGGUUUUGGAGCAGUGGCUUCUUCCUUGCUGAGCGGCGUUUCAGGUUAUGUCGAUAUAGGACUCUUUACUGUGGAUAUAGAUAAUUUUGUACCUGUUUCCUCCAGCAUCUUCACUUGGUCCUUUGCUGUUGUUCUGGGAUUGAUUUGCACUUUUCGCACCAAAGUACGUUAAUCUCUAGGAGACAGAACGCGUCUCCUUCCUGAGCGGUAUGACCUGAGCGGUAUGACGGCUGCGUGGUCCCAUGGUGUUUAUAGUUGCGUACUAUUGUUUGUACAGAUGAACGUGGUAUCUUCAGGCGUUUGGAAAUUGCUCCCAAGGAUGAACCAGACUUGUGGAGGUCUACCAUUUUUUUUCUGAGGUCUUUGCUGAUUUCUUUUGAUUUUCCCAUGAUGUCAAGCAAAGAGGCACUGAGUUUGAAGGUAGGCCUUGAAAUACAUCCACAGGUACACCUCCAAUUGACUCAAAUGAUGUCAAUUAGCCUAUCAGAAGCUUCUAAUGCCAUGACAUCAUUUUCUGGAAUUGUCAGAGCUGUUUAAAGGCACAGUCAACUUAGUGUAUGUAAAACUUCUGACCCACUGGAAUUGUGAUACAGUGAAUUAUAAGUGAAAUAAUCUGUCUGUAAAGAAUUGUUGGAAAAAUUACUUGUGUCAUGCACAAAGUAGAUGUCCUAACCGACUUGCCAAAUCUAUAGUUUGUUAACAAGACAUUUGUGGAGUGGUUUUAAUGACUCCAACCUAAGUGCAUGUAAACUUCUGACUUCAACUGUAUAUAUCCUCUUUCUCUCAUUCAUACACACUACAUGACCAAAAGUAUGUGGACACCUGCUCGUCGAACAUCUCAUUCCAAAAUCAUGGGCAUUAAUGUGUUCCACAUACUUUUGUAUGUACACUACCGGUCAAAAGUUUGGACACACCUACUCAUUCAAGGGUUUUUCUUUAUUUUUACUAUUUUCUACAUUGUAGAAUAAUAGUGAAGACAUCAAAUCAAAGUGCUGCACGAAGUGUGUGGUCCUCUGUAGCUCAGCUGGUAGAGCACGGCGCUUGUAACGCCAAGGUAGUGGGUUCGAUCCCCGGGACCACCCAUACGUAAAAAUGUAUGCACGCAUGACUGUAAGUCGCUUUGGAUAAAAGCGUCUGCUAAAUGGCAUAUUAUUUAUUAUUUUAGGUGUGUCCAAACUUUUGACUGGUAUUGUAUAUAUCACACACCGUGCAUUCAAAAAGUAUUCAGACCCCUUGACCUUUUCCACAUUUUGUUACGUUACAGCCUUAUUCUGAAAUUGAUUUUUUAUUUUUUUAUUUUUUUACCAACAAUCUACACACAAUACCCCAUAAUGACAAAGUGAAACUUAUUUUGGGGAAUGUUUGCAAAUUUUAUAAAAAUAAAAAACUGAUAUUACAUUUACAUAAGUAUUCAGACCCUUUACUCAGUACAUUGUUGAAGCACCUUUGGCAGUGAUUACAGCCUCGAGUCUUCUUGGGUAUGACGCUACAAGCUUGGCACACCUGUAUUUGGGGAGUUUCUCCCAUUCUUCUCUGCAGAUCCUCUCAAGCUCUGUCAGGUUGGAUGGGGAGUGUCGCUACACAGCUAUUUUCAGGUCUCUCCAGAGAUGUUCGAUCGGGUUUAAGUCCGGGCUCUGGCUGGGCCACUCAAGGACAUUCAGAGACUUGUCCUGAAGCAACUCAUGCAUUGUCUUGGCUGUGUGCUUAGGGUCGUUGUCCUGUUGGAAGGUGAACCUUCGCCCCAGUCUGAGAACCUGCUCCAGAGUGCUCAGAUCACUCUGUAUCUCUCUGUGCCGCUGAAAAACAUCCCCACAGCAUGAAGCUGCCACCACCAAGCUCCACCGUAGGGAUGGUGCCAGGUUUCCUCCAGACGUGACACUUGGCAUUCAGGCCAAAGAGUUCAAUCUUGGUUUCAUCAGACCAGAGAAUCUUGUUUCUCAUGGUCUGAGAGUCUUUAGGUGCCUUUUGGCAAACUUCAAGUGGGCUGUCAUGUGCCUUUUACUGAAGAGUGGCUUCCGUCUGGCCACUCUACCAUAAAGGCCUGAUUGGUGGAGUGCUGCAGAGAUGGUUGUCCUUCUGGAAGGUUCUCCCAUCUCCACAGAGGAACUCUGGAGCUCUGUCAGAGUGACCAUCAUGUCCAAUCAAUUGAAUUUACCACAGGUGGACUUCAAUCAAGUUGUAGAAACAUCUCAGGGAUGAUCAAUGGAAACAGGAUGCACCCGAGCUCAAUUUCGAGGCUCAUAGCAAAGGGUCUGAAUACUUAUGUAAAUAACGUAUUUCUGUGUAAAAAAUUUUUUUUUUUAGCAAACAUUUCGAAAAACAUGUUUUCGCUUUGUCAUUAUGGGUUAUUGUGUGUAGAUUGAUGAGGAAAACAUUUAGUUUAAUCCAUUUUAGAACAAGGCUUUAACGUAACAAAAUGUGGAAACAGUGAAGGGGUCUCAAUACUUUCCGAAUGCACUGUAUAUAUUUUGUUGAGGGAAAAAUGUACUUGAUACGAUUGUGAUGUGUCAUCUCACCUAGCUAUGGAAUCAUGUAGUAACCAAAUGCACUAACUGUAAGUCGCUCUGGAUAAGAGCAUCUGCUAAAUGACUAAAAUGUAAAUUUAAUGGCAGCCUGCAGUACCCCGGUCGGCCUUCAACUGGAGUUACUCAAUGAGAGGGGGCAGCACUGAGCUAGCCUGCAACGUCACUUCCUGGAGUAGCUCAAACUGCGCAUGUUAUGUCUCCAUUAAAUGCCAUCUUUUCAUUUGGCUUCAGUGUUGAGUCUUCACAGAGAAAUGAAUGGUGUCACGUGAUCGAUGUCUAUUCAUAUAUACAGUCAUUGGCUAAGAAAGACAAGUUAUUUUGGUUACCGUCUUAGUACUCACAGUGUGUUAUAUAGAUAAGUGGCCCUCAUAAUGCGUUUGUGUGUCUGUCUCCGUGUGUGUGUGUGUCCGUGUGUGUGUGGACUGUCCGCUUGGCUGUGUGUGUGUGCUGUGUGUGCUGUGUGUGUGUGUGUGUGUGUGUGUGUGUGUGUGUGUGUCCGUGUGUCCGUUUGUGUGUGUCAGCGCUGGAUGCGGCCGUGGAGUUUGUGCAUCAGGCGGUGGUGCCCGGCUCUUGGAGGACAGAGGUGAAAGAUGAGAGUUCCACCAGUGAGGAAGAUGAGGAGGAGGAGGAAGAGCAUGAGGAAGAGGCCAGCGAAGAGGAGGAAGAGGUAAUCAUGUCAUAUUACCUGCUGGCUGCCGAGUAAAGGGAAAACCUCACCAGAAGGGGGGCGGGCGGAGCAAGCAGAGCGAGGCGGGAGGAAAGGACCGGAGAGACAGAGCGGUGACUCUACGCUAGCAGGACAGUCCAUAUCUCCAAUCAUCUUUGCUGAUAGCGAUGUUGUGUUUCCAUAAGUGGAUGAAUUGGUCUAAUUUAGCAUGUAUGGUAAAGCCUCAACCCUUAGCUACCUCUUCCAAUUCAAAUGAGCUUGAAAAAGAAUGAAUAAUGACAACAUUUCUAUUGUUUUGUGUGACUAUGCCAGCGAUUUAAAUUGCUAAAAUAGAGACGCUCUAAUUGAGCGAGGCAUCAAAGCAGACAACCCGCCCGGCUUGGGUUGGGUCAUUAUAAUUCAAAACAAUGCAUUCUAAAAUAAAUCACACACACCUCGCACACUCACCUUUGGUGAGUUUAAGCCAUUAGAGAGAUGUCCUUUGAGUUUAAGCCAUUAGAGAGAUGUCCUUUGAGUUUAAGCCAUUAGAGAGAUGUGGGCAUAAUAUCAGUUUCGACAGCUUACGAGAAAAGGGGUCCCCCAAGGUUAAAUUCUAGGACCCUUUCCUUCCACACUGUAUGUAAAUGCUAUUGGAAGGAAUCUAAAUCAGUCAAAUAUUUGUAAAAAUUCCAGGGUAUGACACACCUCUCUCAGUGGGAGGAGCCAAGCUGAGCUCUGUAUUGUUAUUUCCUGUUCCUGUGUGCAGGAGGAAGUGGAGCCGUUCCCGGAGGAGAGAGACAACUUCCUGCAGCAGCUGUACAAGUUCAUGGAGGACAGAGGUCUGCAGUUUAUAGAAUGGAACAUUUCAGCCCAUUAAACUUUAUGUACCCACAGUGCACCUGACAGCAGAGGAAGCUAGUGGGUGGAGCUAUAGGAAGAAUGGCUGUAAUGGAAUAAAUGGGACUGAAGACACAUCAAACAUGAAAACCGUUACAUUCCAGCCAUUACAAUGAGUCCGUCAUCCUAUAGCUUCCCCCCAACAGCCAGCCAUUACAAUGAGUCCGUCAUCCUAUAGCUUCCCCCCAACAGCCAGCCAUUACAAUGAGUCCGUCAUCCUAUAGCUUCCCCCCAACAGUCAGCCAUUACAAUGAGUCCGUCAUCCUAUAGCUUCCCCGCAACAGCCAGCCAUUACAAUGAGUCCGUCAUCCUAUAGCUUCCCCCCAACAGCCAGCCAUUACAAUGAGUCCGUCAUCCUAUAGCUUCCCCCCAACAGCCAGCCAUUACAAUGAGUCCGUCAUCCUAUAGCUUCCCCGCAACAGCCAGCCAUUACAAUGAGUCCGUCAUCCUAUAGCUUCCCCCCCAACAGCCAGCCAUUACAAUGAGUCCGUCAUCCUAUAGCUUCCCCCCAACAGCCAGCCAUUACAAUGAGUCCGUCAUCCUAUAGCUUCCCCCCAACAGCCAGCCAUUACAAUGAGUCCGUCAUCCUAUAGCUUCCCCCCAACAGCCAGCCAUUACAAUGAGUCCGUCAUCCUAUAGCUUCCCCCCAACAGCCAGCCAUUACAAUGAGUCCGUCAUCCUAUAGCUUCCCCCCAACAGCCAGCCAUUACAAUGAGUCCGUCAUCCUAUAGCUUCCCCCCAACAGCCAGCCAUUACAAUGAGUCCGUCAUCCUAUAGCUUCCCCGCAACAGCCAGCCAUUACAAUGAGUCCGUCAUCCUAUAGCUUCCCCCCAACAGCCAGCCAUUACAAUGAGUCCGUCAUCCUAUAGCUUCCCCCCAACAGCCAGCCAUUACAAUGAGUCCGUCAUCCUAUAGCUUCCCCCCAACAGCCAGCCAUUACAAUGAGUCCGUCAUCCUAUAGCUUCCCCCCAACAGCCAGCCAUUACAAUGAGUCCGUCAUCCUAUAGCUUCCCCCCAACAGCCAGCCAUUACAAUGAGUCCGUCAUCCUAUAGCUUCCCCCCAACAGCCAGCCAUUACAAUGAGUCCGUCAUCCUAUAGCUUCCCCGCAACAGCCAGCCAUUACAAUGAGUCCGUCAUCCUAUAGCUUCCCCCCAACAGCCAGCCAUUACAAUGAGUCCGUCAUCCUAUAGCUUCCCCCCCAACCGCCAGCCAUUACAAUGAGUCCGUCGUCCUAUAGCUUCCCCGCAACAGCCAGCCAUUACAAUGAGUCCGUCAUCCUAUAGCUUCCCCCCAACAGCCAGCCAUUACAAUGAGUCCGUCAUCCUAUAGCUUCCCCCCAACAGCCAGCCAUUACAAUGAGUCCGUCAUCCUAUAGCUUCCCCGCAACAGCCAGCCAUUACAAUGAGUCCGUCAUCCUAUAGCUUCCCCCCAACAGCCAGCCAUUACAAUGAGUCCGUCAUCCUAUAGCUUCCCCCCAACAGCCAGCCAUUACAAUGAGUCCGUCAUCCUAUAGCUUCCCCCCAACAGCCAGCCAUUACAAUGAGUCCGUCAUCCUAUAGCUUCCCCCCAACAGCCAGCCAUUACAAUGAGUCCGUCAUCCUAUAGCUUCCCCCCAACAGCCAGCCAUUACAAUGAGUCCGUCAUCCUAUAGCUUCCCCCCAACAGCCAGCCAUUCCAAUGAGUCCGUCGUCCUAUAGCUUCCCCCCAACAGCCAGCCAUUACAAUGAGUCCGUCAUCCUAUAGCUUCCCCCCAACAGCCAGCCAUUACAAUGAGUCCGUCAUCCUAUAGCUUCCCCCCAACAGCCAGCCAUUCCAAUGAGUCCGUCAUCCUAUAGCUUCCCCCCAAUAGCCAGCCAUUCCAAUGAGUCCGUCAUCCUAUAGCUUCCCCCCAACAGCCAGCCAUUACAAUGAGUCCGUCAUCCUAUAGCUUCCCCCCAACAGCCAGCCAUUACAAUGAGUCCGUCAUCCUAUAGCUUCCCCCCAACAGCCAGCCAUUACAAUGAGUCCGUCAUCCUAUAGCUUCCCCGCAACAGCCAGCCAUUACAAUGAGUCCGUCAUCCUAUAGCUUCCCCCCAACAGCCUUCUCUGCCUGACAGUAACUGGAUGUUUUUAUUUGAUGGAACCUUUAUUUUAACAGGAAGACAUUGAGACAUAGGUGUCUUUUUCAAAUGUGCCCUGUAUAAUACAACAUAAAUAUACGCAUUAUACCCACAAAAGAGAUACAUAUAUAUAUAUAUAUAUAUAUAUAUAUAUACAGUACAAGUCAAAAGUUUGGACACACCUACUCAUUCAAAGGUUUUUCUUUAUUUUUAAUAUUUUCUACGUUGUAGAAUAAUAGUGAAGACAUCAAAACUAUGAAAUAACACAUAUGGAAUCAUGUAGUAACCAAAAAAGUGUUAAACAAUUCAAAAUAUAGUAGCCACCCUUUGCCUUGAUGACAGCUUUGCACACUCUUGGCAUUCUCUCAACCAGCUUCAUGAGGUAGUCACCUGGAAUGCAUUUAAAUGAACAGGUGUGCCUUGUUAAUUUGUGGAAUUUCGUUCCUUCUUAAUGUGUUUGAGCCAAUCAGUUGUGUUGUGUCAAGGUAGGGGGGGUAUACAGAAGAUAGCCUAUUUGGUAAAAGACCAUCCAUAUUAUGGCAAGAACAGCUCAAAUAAUCAAAGAGAAACGACAGUCCAUCAUUACUUUAAGACAUGAAGGUCAGUCAAUAUGGAAAAUGUGAAGAACUUUGAAAGUUUCUUCAAGUGCAGUCGCAAAAACCAUCAAGCGCUAUGAUGAAACUGGCUCUCAUGAGGACCGCCACAGGAAAGGAAGACCCAGAGUUACCUCUGCUGCAGGCGAUAAGUUCAUUAGAGUUAACUGCACCUCAUAUUGCAGCCCAAAUAAAUGCUUCACAGAGUUCAAGUAACAGACACAUCUCAACAUCAACUGUUCAGAGACUGUGUGAAUCAGGCCUUCAUCGUCGAAUUGCUGCAAAGAAACCACUACUAAAGGACACCAAUAAGAAGAAGAGACCUGCUUGGGCCAAGAAACACGAGCAAUGGACAUUAGACCGGUGGAAAUGUGUCCUUUGCUCUGGAGUCCAAAUUGGAGAUUUUUGGUUCCAACCGCUGUGUCUUUGUGAGACGCGGUGUGGGUGAACCGAUGAUCUCCACAUGUGUAGUUCCCACCGUAAAGCAUGGAGGAGGAGGUGUUAUGGUGUGGGGGUGCUUUGCUGGUGACACUGUCUGUGAUUUAUUGAGAAUUCAAGGCACACUUAACCAGUAUGGCUACCACAGCAUUCUGCAGUGAUACACCAUCCCAUCUGGUUUGGGCUUAGUGGGACUAUCAUUUGUUUUUCAACAGGACAAUGACCCAACACACCUCCAAGCUGUGUAAGGGAUAUUUGACCAAGAAGGAGAGUGAUGGAGUGCUGCAUCAGAUGACCUGGCCUCCACAAUCACCCGACCUCAACCCAAUUGAGAUGGUUUGGGAUGAGUUGGACCGCAGAGUGAAGGAAAAGCAGCCAACAAGUGCUCAGCAUAUGUGGGAAAUCCAUCAAGACUGUUGGAAAAGCAUUCCUAAUGAAGCUGGUUGAGAGAAUGCCAAGAGUGUGCAAAGCUGUCAUCAAGGCAAAGGGUGGCUACUUUGAAGAAUCUCAAAUUUAAAAUAUAUUUUGAUUUGUUUAACACUUUUUUUGGUUACAACAUGAUUCCAUAUGUGUUAUUUCAUAGUUUUGAUGUCUUCAGUAUUAUUCUACAAUGUAGAAAAUAGUAAAAAUUAAGAAAAGCCCUUGAAUGAGUAGGUGUGUCCAAACUUUUGACUGGUACUGUAUAUAUAUAUAAUACAAAAACAAAGUCAUGGGAAGCACAAAUAAAAACGUGUUUUGCAAUACUUCUGCGAUACACUAUAUUGGGUUUUCAUGGACUAACCAUUACGUUGUGUAGGAACCCCCAUCAACAAGAAACCGGUACUGGGCUACAGGAACCUGGACCUCUUCAAGCUAUACAGACUGGUGCACAAACUGGGAGGCUUCCAUGAUGUGAGUAACCCACACACACACACACACACACACACACACACACACACACACACACACACACACACACACACACACACACACACACACACACACACACACACACACACUUAUCAUGACGUUCAUUGGUAUUUCCACAUCAUCUUAACCCUCACUUCUAAUUGGGGCCUGUGAUGUAUUGACCUGCUGUAGUUCCCUGUGAUGUAUUGACCUGCUGUAGUUCCCUGUGAUGUAUUGACCUGCUGUAGUUCCCUGUGAUGUAUUGACGUGCUGUAGUUCCCUGUGAUGUAUUGACGUGCUGUAGUUCCCUGUGAUGUAUUAUUAUUAUUAUUAUUAUUAUUAUGUAUUGACCUGCUGUAGUUCCCUGUGAUGUAUUGACCUGCUGUAGUUCCCUGUGAUGUAUCGACCUGCUGUAGUUCCCUGUGAUGUAUUGACGUGCUGUAGUUCCAUUUAGAUUUCACAAGCCUUUGUUUUUAGUGCAUCUUCUAGUCAGACAUAUUGUCUCACACUGACCAACAUCUGUCUCUUAUUCCCUGUUUCACUCUGUGUCCUGUCCUCUCGUGUUUGGAGCAGAUUGAGAGUGGGUCCGUAUGGAAGACUGUCUACCAAGCUCUGGGAAUCCCUGUUCUCAACUCUGCCGCCGGCUACAAUGUCAAAUGUGCUUACCGCAAGUACGUAGUGAGAGCCCAUUGAUUAUCUGUUUACCACUGAUAAUGAUACCUUUUAGGGGGACCUCUCUUGAGUAGCUGUGGUGCUUUGAUAUUGAUGUAAUGAUCAGGCUUUGCCUGGUGUGUUGUGGUGCUUUGAUAUUGAUGUAAUGAUCAGGCUUUGUCUGGUGUGUUGUGGUGCUUUGAUAUUGAUGUAAUCGUCAGGCGCUGGUCCGGUUCUUGUAUUCUCCUCAGGUACCUCUAUGGGUUUGAGGAGUUCUGCACCUCCUGCUCCAUCACUUUCCACAUGGACCUCCCCCUGAAGCAGCCCAAGGCAGAGGGGGAGACAGGGGGGGCAGGGGGGGCCACUACAGUCCCCCCUUUAGCCUCUUCCAGCUCAACAGAGGAGCAGAAACCGAAAGCCUGCAACUCUGAGAGAGAGAACCUGUGUUGCUCGGAGACCGGCAGCGCUCAGCCCAUCGUCUGCAAGGUCAUUUACUCUUUCACUCGCUCUGUCGGCAUAAGCACCCAGCCAAGCUGAGUUUCCCAACAACAUCAAGAUAAUAUUUAGCAUCAAGAUCAUCUUCAGCAUCAAGAGCAUCUUUGGCAUCAAGGUCAUUGCUCGUACAAUGGACUUUAGAUAUAGGACAUGAUGUAGUAAAAUGAUUGAGAAACAGGAUUAUGAUGUAUUAAGAUUAAUAAAUAGGAUUAUGAUGUAGUAAAAUUAUUGAUAAACAGGAUUAUGAUGUAUUAAGAUUAAUAAAUAGGAUUAUGAUGUAGUAAAAUUAUUGAUAAACAGGAUUAUGAUGUAUUAAGAUUAAUAAAUAGGAUUAUGAUGUAGUAAAAUUAUUGAUAAACAGGAUUAUGAUGUAUUAAGAUUAAAAAACAGGAUUAUGAUGCAGUAAAAAUAUUGAUAAACAGGAUUAUGAUGUAUUAAGAUUAAUAAAUGGGAUUAUGAUGUAGUAAAAUGAUUGACAAACAGGAUUAUGAUGUAGUAAAAUGAUUGAUAAACAGGAUUAUGAUGUAGUAAGAUUAAUAAACAGGAUUAUGAUGUAGUAAGAUUAAUAAACAGGAUUAUGAUGCAGUAAGAUUGAUAAACAGGAUUAUGAUGUAGUAAAAUGAUUGAUAAACAGGAUUAUGAUGUAUUAAGAUUAAUAAACAGGAUUAUGAUGCAGUAAAAUUAUUGAUAAACAGGAUUAUGAUGUAGCAAAAUGAUUGAUAAACAGGAUUAUGAUGUAGUAAAAUUAUUGAUAAACAGGAUUAUGAUGUAGCAAAAUGAUUGAUAAACAGGAUUAUGAUGUAGUAAAAUUAUUGAUAAACAGGAUUAUGAUGUAUUAAGAUUAAUAAAUAGGAUUAUGAUGUAGUAAAAUGAUUGAUAAACAGGAUUAUGAUGUAUUAAGAUUAAUAAAUAGGAUUAUGAUGUAGUAAAAUGAUUGAUAAACAGGAUUAUGAUGUAGUAAGAUGAAUAAACAGGAUUAUGAUGUAGUAAGAUUGAUAAACAGGAUGAUGAUGUAGUUAAAUGAUUGACAAACAGGAUGUGAAGUAAGGACAUCAUAUCACCCCACAGGAGGAGGAGACUGAGUUAACCAGGAACAAACCAGAGAUAGAACCUCCGAAGGCUGAGCAGCAGAAGGCUGAGAGAGAUGGUGACGGUGUUGAUGAAGAGGAAGGAGACGACCAUCACAAGCACGGCUCUGAUGAAGAAGAGGGCCCUUCAUUUGCUGGCCUCAGAGCGGAGGGAGUGAAGCUGGAGUCUUACGAUGAGGAGCAGGAGGAAGGGGAGGAGGAGGACAUCUCUGGCUCUGGGUAGGUGGUUCUCUCCCCCUGGGGCUGGGCUAGUAGACUGUGUUGUUGAUGGGGGGGGGGGGGGGGGGGGUUGCACAAUUACGGAAACUUUACUAAAAUUCCCAGCUUUUCCGGAAAUCCUGGUUGGAGGAAGGGAAUCCUCCAACUGGUAAUCUUCAGACCAGGAUUUCUGGUAAAGCUUAUUUAGGGAAAGUUUCCGUAAUUGUUUCUGGAAUAUUGCAACCCUAGUGGUGAUAUCCUUAGGAUGUGUCUCUAUAUGUGGAACUCUUCAGCUGACAGGCUAUGAUGCUCAAGGUGUUUCCAAGCAAUAAUAGACCCAUCUGAUAUCAGUCAGUACUGUAUUCAUAAACUAAACAUCCAAUUAUUACAUGAUCAGUAGUAAUUGAGAAGUCCUAGAACAAGCAGAGAACACAAGGAAUGUGCCAGUACUCAGUAUCUAUGCGAUAAUAGCAUUUUUACAUUUGAAAUAUUAAAAUAUAUAUAUUUUCACUCUUGAUACUCAUGUUGCCUAAACGUAAUGACAUAAUACUACAGGCAUUCCCUGUCAGCUAAAGAGUUGCGGCUGUGAGUCUGCUAGCUAGCUUCAUUAGGUAGUUGACCCUCUUUAACCACUGUUAACCUGGUGUAGACGGGCAGCUUCCCUCCUGGACCCUGGCUGAGCUCCCCUCCUGGACCCUGGCUGAGCUCUGCUCUACUGCCCCCCUCUCUACCCUCUGUGCCUCCCUUUAGUACCGUUUCUGUACCCCUCCUUUUCAUGUCUCAGCCAGUGCCCGCAGCAGGGAUGGCUCUGAGUACUCGAAGCUUGACGGCCUUUACUCUAUUCCAAGCGCAUGCUGUGGUACGUCCUCUCUGUCUCUCCGUCUAUCUGUUCAGUCAGUCAACUGCAGAGCUGUGGUCUUGUGACCGCCGUGAGCUCUGUCCUUCCUCUCUGCUUUAGCAGCUCUCUGCUCCUGGCUGUCCCGUGUCCACUCGUCCAUCACAUGGCUGGUUGCUGCUGCAGCUUCAUUCCCGUAG